UCGUCCACGGCAUUUGGCCCUUGGGUCGAGUAUCCAUAAGGCACAAGGGAGUACCCUUAAAGUGCGAGCGGGCUGUGAACCUCCCGCCUCACAUCACCUCUUGGCUCAGCCACCCCUUUCACUCACACACACACCACACUACACCACCACGACCACAACAACACUUAACUACCCGGGAAUCCUUCCGCCGACCUGCAUCGAGCUAGAUAUACUCACAACCGCCCUCGCGCCCCUCUGCUUGGGCACACUUGAAGCGGAAUAAAUAAGAGAUUCACUCUUUGAAAAUGUCAACACAAGUUGAGGCUAGGUCUCUGGCCUCGCUCAACUACCUCGCCGCAAACCCCCCGCAAUACCCUCACAGACCAGCCGAGCAACGUCAAGAUCCCCUCACACUCUACAUCUCACGUGUACCGGGCACGCGAGACGUCAUAUUGACAACAUCAAAACCUCAUCUCAAAAACGUCACUAGCGAAGAUGUCGCAAACUCAUUUUACUACAUCCAUCUGGAGCUGCCCAGUGAUGGCAGUCACCCAUAUCACCCAAACUUAGCAGCUGGGUCUCAGCAACCUCACCAUCUUCGCAACCCGGAUACGCCUAGGUCUAGCAUGGAUAGCACCCGCAGCACGGCUCAGAUCCGGAGGAAACCUGUCGCCGGCGCAAAGGCGCCCUCACCGCCAGCCGAUCCAGCUCGCGCUCAUCUGCCACCUCAGACACAGACACAGGCUCAGACCCAGCCUCUACCUCCGACUCCUGGCUCACACCCAGCGGCCGCCGGCAACCGCAACUCCGGCUUGUACGGCUACGGUACCGGAAAUGCGACGGGCUACGGCGUCGGCUACGGCACAGGCAACGACCCCCGCCAACCCCGGUGGACAGAGGACCGCCCGGAGCUGCCUCCGCGACCAACUUCCCACUCACCCCCGGCCCCGGUACGCAAACCCGUCGGUCCGCGAGCCAUCCCUACCCCGGCACCCGACUACGACGCGCCCUUCGCCUCUAGACCUCCUCCUCCUCCUCAAGACCUUCACCGCGCCUCACCCUCACAGUCCCCCUCCCGCAUGCCGCCGCAGGAACCCUCUUCGUCGCCCGCGCGUUCACGUCGCUACUCCCGCCCGACCUCCGUCUACCGCCAACAAUCUCGCUCACCCUCACCGAACCGCUUCCAUAACACAAAGGAGGUCCCCUACACCCUCUCCCUCAUCCGUCGCGAUCCGAGCACAGGGAACCAGUGGAACGUAGGCCGCGUCGCCUCCCAUCAGCUCGAGGACUCUGGCGACGACGGGUACGAGUACUUCUCCUUCGACUCAGCAGGCAUCUCAGCCCACGACCGCCGCCGCGCAAACGCCCCUCAACCCCCCAUCAACAUCCGUCUCGAGUCUUCUGGCUACGCAAAGUUCCGCCACAUGCCGUUGCGCCAGAGCGUGGACAUGCCACGAACAUCGACGACGACUGCUCCCCCCUUUGCAAACUCGGAGGACGCGCUCAACCACCUGCAGCAGCAACAGCAACAAUCUCCCGAGGGCGGCUUCUCGCGCCAAGUCGUCAUGUCCUACACCAAAUCCUGGUCCUCCAACAUUCGCGAAAAGUUCAGCUCCCGGUCACGUUCAGGUAGCUUGAUGGACGAAGGCGACUCAGUACCUUUUGGUUCGCCGCCAGCGAGGUCUACUCACCGCCACUCACGCCAGCUAAGCGCACACUCGACGGGGUCCGUGUCUUCUAAUGGAAGUGAUUCGGGCCCCAUCAUCACGCAACCUGGCCACGGCCUCCGGCCUCAGGGGUACGUGUUCGUCUCACCCUGGGAUGGCCGCUGCGAGUUCCGCACGGGGAAUGCUGGGCGUAGUGUUAAGUGCAGACAUGUCCUGCCAACAGCCGGCGGUCUGAGUAACCCGCUCGCGCCGUCGAGUGCAUCUUCGUACUCGGCUAGUGUGAGCGAGCUGCGGUUCAACCUGCCCAGCACGGAGAUCUUCAAGCAGGAGGGCAAGAGGGAGCAGCUGAGCGGACAUUUUAGCCGGCUGCUCAAUGUUGGUAACCGGAACGGAGAGUAUAGUGAUGAGGACGAGCCACCUAGCCCGUUCGAUCUGAAGCUCGGCAAGGAGAGAGCCGGUGGCGGCAACCGGGGGAAGAGGGCUAAGUUGGGCAAGCUGAUUAUUUAUCCUGAGGGAUUGAAGAUGCUGGAUCUGGUCGUGGCCGCUAACAUGGGUGUAUGGUGGGGAGCUUGGGAGAAGACGUUUUGAUUUCGAGGUGCAUAGGGGAGGGACACAGGGAUGUGGUCAUGUCUACGAUGAAGAUGAAGACUUUGAAAGGAUUCUCGCGGUAUCAAGUCGGAAGGAGAAAAGAAACGGAAGCGUGCGUCAUUUUGAGGUAGCUGGCGUUGCCCAAGCUUGGCCCAUGAUAUCAGAGCAAGGCGUUGGUCGGAUUGUCUCUUCU